AUGGCUUUCAAGACUCUCUCUCUCGCUGCUCUCCUCGCUGCCCAUGUGCACGCUCAGUCUGUCGACCCUGGCGUCGGCGCGAACCCUAAAGCCGAGGGUUCAACCAAGGAGGUUACAGCUGACGGCGGACCAAAUGGCUCCCAAGAAUGGCUCAACACCGGCAUCACCUCUGACGGCUGGACCCCACCCUUCCUCUCCCUCUCCGAUAUCUACACCAUCAGCCUCUCAGACUUCUACAACGGCAUCGGCGCCCCGUGCGCCCAAUACGACGGAUACUUCCAGUCCAGCGCCGCGAAAUACAACAUCGACCCGGUCAUCCUCGCUGUCCUCGCCAUGCAGGAAUCAUCCUGCAAUGCCGACGCCGGCGGUCCCACCCCUGGUCUCAUGCAGGUUGAUUGCGCGAAUUACCCCAACGGCGAAUGUACCGACGACGUGCAGGACAACGUCGACGCUGGGGCAAAUUACCUGACGAGCCAGAUUGAAGAGUCCGGCGGGAACGCGAUCCAGGCAUUUGGGAAGUAUAAUGGGUGGUUUGUGCAGGGGAGUGGGUUGAAUGGGGACCAGGGGUUGACGGAGGGAUAUCCGUGCUCCGACGAGGGGACGAGUAAUGGUGUCCCGCAGAAUCUGGAUUAUUUGCAUCAGGUGUUUAAUGGCUGGUUGCUGGGGUUGGAUGUUUAUGGGGACGAUAGUUGGGUGGGGACGUAUCAUUGUGAUCAGUCUUGUGGGAAUAAUGUUUGUUAG